AUGGCCUCCAAGAGCGCGACGAAUCUAGGGCAAAUAAUCGAGUACAUCCCGGGCCGGCUGUAUCUCGCCGCCUACGUCCAUCCCCCCACGGCCGAUACCCUCUUCCCCUAUGCGGAUGCCCCCGUCGGUACGACCUCUCGCUCUCCAUCGAAACGGGCCCAGGCGCAGAGGAAGCAACCAUUCUACUUUUCCGUCGACGACAGCCUACUCUACAACGCCUUCCACCACGACUUUGGCCCGUUGCACAUUGGACACCUCUACAGGUUUGCCCUGUACUUCCACGAAGUCCUUGCCGCGAAGGAGAAUAAGGACCGGCCUAUUGUCCUUUGGAGCAAGGCUGACCCGAGGAGUCGAGCGAAUACCGCCGCACUCCUAGCAUGUUACAUGGUCCUCAUCCAACACUGGCCUCCCCAUCUUGCUCUCGCCCCCAUCGCCCAGGUCGACCCUCCUCUGAUGCCCUUCCGUGAUGCAGGCUACAGCCAAGCCGAUUACGGAAUCACUGUGCAGGAUGUCGUGUACGGUGUCUGGAAAGCCAAGGAGGAGGGCGUCGUGGACCUCGAGAACUUCGACCUCGAACAGUACGAAAUGUUCGAGAGGGUUGAGCACGGUGACUUCAACUGGAUCACCCCCAAUUUCCUUGCCUUCGCUUCUCCCCAACACAAACCUGUUGCCGCCGUCCCGCGGCACUCGGAGGCCUUCAAAGCCCUACCUAAGACGCUAGAGGCCGUCGACACAAACGAGGAGCUGCCCCAGCCCUUCAAGAAUGUGCUCCGCCACUUCGUCGAGAAAGACGUUGGCCUCGUUGUGAGGCUCAACUCUCACCUGUACUCCCCUUCGUACUUUGAGGCGCUCGGCGUCCAGCACCUCGACAUGAUUUUCGAGGAUGGCACGUGCCCACCCAUGAAGACGGUCCGCAAGUUCAUCCGCCUCGUCCACGACAUGAUCAACAACAAGAAGAAGAACAUUGCCGUGCACUGCAAAGCCGGUCUCGGUCGCACCGGCUGCCUCAUCGGCGCCUAUCUCAUUUACCGCCACGGCUUCACCGCUAACGAGGUCAUUGCCUUUAUGAGGUUUAUGAGACCCGGUAUGGUUGUGGGCCCUCAGCAACACUGGCUCCACAUCAAGCAAGGUACUUUCAGGGAAUGGUGGGUCGAGGAGCGUACCGAGAUGAAGAUUCGACGUGAGCUCAUGGCUGCCGCCGCCGCCUCCAACUCCAACUCCAAUUCCAACUCUACAGCGAAUGCCGCACCCAGCACCCCCAUCCGCGCGAUGCAAAAGGCGUCGCUGCGCAACGGCCAGACAUCGACGCCCCCUAACAGGAGCGCGUCGAAUCGCACGCCACUAAGCGAGGUAGACGACCGCAAUAAUAUUCAGGAAGACUACCUCCCAGCGCCUACGCCGGGUCAGCCGCGCAAGUCUGCCCGAACCGAUAGGCACCACCCUUACGGCCGUACGCCAUCCUCCUCGUACCACCACACCACCGUCGAGGAGGAGACAGGUGUCGAGCAAGAGACGGAAAUCGUCUCCGUCCACAGGCAGUCCUACGGCGCCGAGUCCGACGAGGAGAUCCACCUCCGCGUGCGCGCCCACCGCAAGGCCUCCCAAUCUCCCAGCGGAGCCACCACUCGUUCCGUCAGCCAUCAGACUACCACGACCACGACCACGACCUCCACGAAACACUACAGCCUCGUCGACGCAGACGACCCUUCCCAGGACAUCGAGAACGUCGGGCCCGCCGCCGCCUCGAAGCCCGCCACCCGCGUGGUUAGCACCCCCGUCGGCGUCAGUAGCACCCUGGCCAAGGUCCGCGGCAGCCAGCGUCGCGACUCGCCCCUGAGGUCCCACGCGAGGGACGCAUCCGUCUCCAACGGUGGCGUGCGCAAGACGAGCGGGCGCGUGGGUAGUGUGAGCGCGCAGCCUUCUGCUACUGCGAGGAAGGUCUCCGGCAGCGCUUAG